ACUUUCUAUCGAAAUAAUGGCCCUUCCGCCGGCCAAGGAGGGUGAAAAGGGUUUAACACUUUGCCGUUUAUCAGGUUGGUGCUUGAACGUUCAUAUCACUGUAUACAUGGAUUCGCAUGAUCGAGCAUUGACACACGAAAGUGAAUACUCGUGUUCAUCUGUGGGUUAACGGCAUAUUUCAGAUGAGGAACACGUUAAAAAAUUUUGCGCGAUUUUGAUCCCAGAAUUAUAAUGCUAGGCUCAAGGAGUGAUGAGCUUGAUUACAUAUUUAAUCUUACUUAAUUUAAGAAAGAAAAAUUCAGAUAUAGGAAAUAACACAUUCGUACGCAUGCUAGAAUGCUCUGUGAAUAUGCAUGAGUAUUUCGGCUUCAUGAUCCGGAAGGUGAAAUAGGGAAAAAUUAAAAACUCGCCUUGAAACGUUCAAGUAUCUGAGUUUUGUGUCCCUGUUUGGGAAUAAUUCAAUUCAAAAGGACCUUGAUUGCUUUUCUCACUCGUGAACAACUUAGUUAUUUAUUCUUUCACCCUAAAACUCUCAAGGUCUGAUAGUUAAUUCUCCCCGUUAGCUGCUACACGAUUCCUUGAAAAUUAGAAAGAAGAAUUUGUUGUUAGAUCAAGAGAAUAACCACUUGAUAAGUUUUAGUUGUCUCAUCACCUGUUUGCUGGAUAAUUUACAUUCUGUAUGGAUAUUACUAUAAGGAGAAGUUACUUGUUAAUCACUUUUGGGAAUUAAAGGGAUAAUUUAUGAAGUUAUUUUCCAAGUUUCUCAUUUACUUAAUCGGUAAACAUCCAACUCAGAACUGUGUAUCAUAUCUGACAGAGAAAUUGGAGCAAGUUUUGUAGAACAUCAGCCUUGUAUCUGUGCUCUGAUGAAUCAAAGAUGGGAAAUUGUAGAAAUAUGUUGACAGAAUUUUGAUUAAUCAGCCCUUUCACUCCCAAGACCUUAUAAGUAAUUCUCCAGAUUGUCUGUCGUACAAUUUUUGAGAUUUUAUUUUGGAGAAUUUGAUAUUGGAUCAACUAAUAAUCCCAUAAUUGAUAUUUUCUUUUUUUUCAACACUUGUCAGCUUUAGGUUGUAUUAAUUUAUACUGUAAGGAGAAAUUCUGUCCUGGUCACUCAUGGGAGUUUAAGGGUUAGCAAGGAAGGGGCACAGAAUUUGAGUAAAGUGGUCACUGUAGUAUUUUUUGUUUUCCAUAUGCAGCACCAACCUCUCUUCGAUUUGAGCCUGUUGGUCGAUGGUAUGAAGCAAAUAUUCGCCGCCGUCAGCAUGGCUUGUCUUCGCAUCACAGUAGCUCCAGUGCUAGUUCGAGUGCUGGCUCUGAAGCAGGUUUUUCUUCAGAUGAAGAAGAUCAUAAUUUUCUUCUCACCUUAGAUCCUACAGACUGUAAGGUAAAUGUUCAAAAAAGUCUUCCAUUAAAAUAAGAUUGUUUCUACAUGAAUAUGUUUAGAAGUCUUUGCACUUCUUUGAUUGCUUUCGAGGAUGUUAAAGUUGAGGUUUUGUAUUGAUAAAUAAGUCUUAUAUGUAACUUGUAAAUCUUUUGUCAGUUUCUGUAAUCAUGUGAUACACUCAGCCCCUAGUCUUGUAAGAGCCUUGUCUGCCUUCAUUUAUUACAGGAACUGUAUCUUUUAGCUAUUGGCACGCAUUUUAGAGCACACAAUAAAUUACAUUGUACUUACAGCAGUUAAACCUCACUUGUCUUAGCACCAGGAUCAUUACAAGGUUUUAGGACUUGGCAAACUCAGACAUAAGGCUACUGCUGCAGACAUCAAGAAGGCAUGUAAGUAUCACUUUGAAGCAAAAAAAGUGUACCUACAGGUGUCACAUUAUAACUAAUGCAUAGAAAAGGGAACUAAAUGUAUGUAGCUUACUAAUUGCUCUUUGUAUUUUGAAGAAAGUUAAUUUUGGAACCCAUAGUGCUGUAAACUGCAUAAUAGGGCGCAACUUUUAACCCUUUCACUCCCACAAGUGACCAAGACAGAAUUUCUCCUUACAAUAUCAAUACAAUAUCAAGCAGGCAGGUGAUGAGAAUAGAGAAGAAUAUCAAUUAUGGGAUUAUUAGUGGAUCCAAUACCAAAUUCUCUGAACUAAUGUCAUAAGAAUUGUAUGGCAGAUAGUAAGGAGAAUUACUAAUUAGAUCUUGUGAGUGAAAGGGUUAAGUAACUCAUUAUCAAAAUAUGGUAAGAACAAACAUUGGCAUAUGAGGUGCUGCUAAGAGUUGCAGAUGUUUUUACCCUAUUUUGAUGUCUUCUGCAUUCUAUUACUGUACACACCCACAGUAACAAGAAAUCUAGGAGAAUUAAUGAUGAGAUCUAAAAGAGGGGACUUCAAAGAGUUAAGAUCAGGAACUAAACUAUGCUGUACCUUCUUCCUAUGUUGAAUUCUGCUUGUUAGUCAGGAAGAUGGUGCUUAAACAUCAUCCAGACAAGAAGACCAAAAAGGAAGAACCUUCUAAGAAGAACUUUUCUGAUGAGGAUCUGUUUGCAUGCAUCACUGCUGCAAAUGAUGUCCUAAGCAGCAAAGAGAAGCGGCGAGCUUAUGAUAGUGUGGAUCCAAUGUUUGAUGAUACCAUCCCUUCAGUAAAUGCCAACUCGAGAAGUAAUUUUUUCGAAGUUUUUGGCCCAGUGUUUGAGAGAAAUGCCAGGUAAAAUUCUUAGCAUUGUUGUAUUUUCUUCUCUUGUCCAUUGAAGUUGCAUUCAGUUCGGCUUUUAAUUUACAUACACAGGAAUAAAAUUUUCUUCCAGCUCUAGACUAAGUAAACUGUAAGGUUUCUUCAGGCACAAAUUUAAGUGCAUCUUCAGGCAUAUAUGUUCUCACAGAGGGCUUCUUGAACUACAAGUUAUAGAUGUGAAUAAUCAUGUGAUUGCAUUUUUUUUUAGAAUCAGAAAAGGUAGAGAGUGGCUGGAUUUGAGUUUGUGUCGUUUGUGAAAUUAAAAUAUUUUAACAGAGGUUUCUGUGUCGUAAAGUUGCAUGUCAAGCACUUUGUUCUUUGCUUUGAUUUUAAGUACAAGAAAAAAUUGGUUCCUUGAAACUACAGAUAGAGAUCUUUGGAAAGUUCUUUUGUCUCCAGCCUAGAUUCUCAAUCCUUGAUUCUGGAUAGUUUCGAGGAUCAAGGAUCAAGGAUCAAGUUUUGAGUCCAAACUGUCAAAUCACUUUUGAGUGAUGCUGUAUGCUUGAAGUGUCAGCAGUUGAUCAACAAUUACUCUUCACCUUCCAUUGUAUGAUUGAGUCUAUUGUUCUCUGUUUUUUUGUUGCAGAUGGUCCAAAGUUCAACCUGUCCCACCAUUAGGAAAUGUAAAUUCAACGUUCGAAGAAGUCGAUAAUUUUUAUAGCUUUUGGUAAGAUUUUACUUGUGUUGUAGUCCUAGUAUGAAAUUUAAAAAGAAGGUGACUACAUAAAAACCUAACUACAGAAAACCAUGGAUUGAGCAGAAGCAGUUUUUGAUCGGUUCUCCCUUAUCUAUGAUCCAUUGACAGACAGAUUUAUUUUCAUGUUUAUCUACCAGGUAUAAUUUUGAUUCAUGGAGAGAAUAUUCUUACCUAGAUGAAGAGGAGAAGGAAAAAGGGGAGAAGUAAGUUGUAUAUUUAUAUGAUUUAAAAGCAAAUUUUAGCCAAUACGCUUAUGAUUUCUUUUCAUGCAUUUCUUUUGAGAGUAGUUUUGAGAAUAUGGAAUAAACAAAGAUCUUUCCCUUUUUGAUGGGUUAAUUUGCUCUGUUACAUCAACCUUUUACACCUGAACAUCAGCAUGCAAAUUCUCCGUAGUUUUCUCUAUACAUUUCGUUAGGCAUAAUUAAGGAAUUUGCCAUGACCUUAACCCUCUAACCCCUGAGAGUGACCAGCAUCAAAAUUCUCCUCACAAUAUUACCAUUGAGUCACACAUUAAUGUCAUGAGAAUAAAGGAAAUGAUCACCAACUAAAGAAACUCUUGAUUGUUAGACAAAUUCUCCUUGUCAGCACCUUAGUAAAUGCAUAGAGAACAGUGUGGAGAAUAUAGAUACUGAUGUUAAGGUGUAAAGGGUAAAUGUUUGAUUAGGGGUGAAAAGAAAGGGAGAGUAUAGUUGUAAGUCACCUUUAAGAAUUAAUGAGUGUUUUGUAGGACCAAUCGUAUAAGACUUACAAUUCAUGUAGGGAUUAAUAACAAAUUCAACUAAAUUUUUAUCUUUGUUUACUUAAGGGCUUGCCAUGGUUAAAUGUUGGCACAGUUUUGGACAGUUUCCAUAGUCAGUUUACAUGAAAAUUUUUUACUCUUGAAUUGUGCCUUGCAAAAAGCGUAUGAAAAGCAUUUGAUGAGUGUAAAAAAAUCAUCCCUUUGAAAGAGUGUCUUUACAUGCUUUUCAACUACAGUAGAUCUUGAAGCCAUUUUGUGAAAAUUGGACUCACGCAUGCGCUAACGGCCUCGACAGCGAUUUGUGACGUAAAAUGAACGACCCCAAGAACAUAGCUCCUAAGUAAUACCUAAGGAUGAUUUGACGAACUAAUGAUCUGCAAGUAUCUAAAGUUGUGUUAAUGUUUGUUUACAGUCGUGAUGAGAGGCGCUGGAUUGAAAAACAAAACAAAGUUAUGAGACAAAGGAGGAAAAAAGAAGAAGUUGCUCGAAUAAGGACUUUAGUAGGUAAAUGCUCACUAUGGUAACCUUAAUUAUUCAUCAUAGUUUAAUUUAUGUCAUAAAUUAUGAUAAUUUAUUUAAUUAUCUUUGUCGCGGUUGUCAUUUUAAUGCAAAAUUUGUUAAAAGUAUGUGAAGCGAUGUGAAGCUCAUUAACAUUUGGAAUGAUUUGAGGAAAUGGUGUAAAACGAUCAAGCUGGAUGAGAAAUUUGCGAAAUUAAGGCGCGGCAAGUACAUUUUUAUGUACAUCUAAUACUUUAAGUAAAGCUUUCAACAAAAUGCAGUUUUAAAGGCUAAUUAGAAUUUAACGUAGAAACUCAUAAUACUUUUUUCAAGGUCUAAAAUUCAACAAUAAAAUGUUUAGUUUUCUACGAAAGCUUGAUUAGUUUUCAAGCACAACAUUCAAAUAAAGAAAAUGGAGAACGCAAUCACAUUCACUGUUGUUAUCAGAGAAGAACAGCUCAUUGUCAAAUAAUUAUCAUUUUGUGCUUUUUUUAACGUAUGCGUAUUUCCCUUUGUUGCAGAUAACACUUACGCUUGUGAUUUUAGAAUAAAGAAAUUCAAAGACGAAGAAAAAGAAAAGAAACUUGCCGAAAAGAGAGCGAAAGAAGAGGCGGCCCGGGCGGCUGCUGAAGAGAAAGAACGAGUCAGUGAAAGUUUUACCUCUCUCUUCUCUGUAUUAGCACUUUUUGGUUCUUUAACAGUAAUUUUCAAUUGAGUUUAGAAAAUACUCUUGUAUUGCUUCGGUUUCGUUUUACUUCGCUCUAUGAUUGGUCCAGAAAUCUCGUGCCAUCCUCUCAACCAAUCAAAUGCACAACUGAAAACUAAACGCUAUUUGGUCACCUGCGUUUUCCCGCGCUUCGGGCAACUUGCUCCUUGUAGUGAAGUUCUCAUUGGUUCCCUUUGAUGUUUGCUUUGUUCUGAUUGGCUGUUAAGAUUACUUUGGUUCUAGUUUUGUGAGACUCUGUCAAAAAGCGCGUCCAAUUUUUCAUAUUUAUUUCAUGUGAACUUUAUAAACAUGCUUUGCUCACCGCUGACGUGCAGUUACUAAUUCUUUGGCUCAUCAGCAAAGACUUGAAGUCCUAGAAAAUGAAAGGAAAUUGAGAGAAAAAGAAGAGCAAGAAGCAAGAGAAAAGGUAGGAAAAAAUUCCUAUCUCGCUUUUUAGCUCCCUAACAAAACGGAUAAUAUGAUGGAAAUGUUCAUGUUAAAUAGUUUAGUUUCCAGGAUUACUAUUUAUCUCUUGGAAGUGCAACAAGAGAGACCCUGGGAAGGACAACACUAAAAAGUUUAUUGCCAGGGUCUGGUGAAUGGGGGCAUAGGGCAAGCGAUACACUAGUUCCCAUUCUCCUUUUCAAGUUCUAAGAGAUUGAACGAUCUAAAGUUUCACUUAUUUUGCCUUUCAUUCUAUCUCAGGCGCAGGCAGCCAAAGUAGAGAAAACAAAAAUGAAGAAUUUAAUGAAGAAGGAAAGAAAAACGAUACGAGCUGUAAUAAAGGUAGGGCUUCACUCGAAAGUUUUUCAGUUUUGCUUCCAGGUUGUUACGAUGUCUGUUUGAAUUUUGAAAAACGUGUUAGCUCACUUGCAAAGCGCCGGACUGCCCCUGCAGAAGGUCAGAUCCAGGCCCCAGACCGGACCAACACUCAUGGUCUUAAAAUGACUAAGGAAAAUGUGCUGCCUUUGCCAUGACAUUCAUACAUGGUUAGACAUUCUAGUAUUUUCGGAUAAGGACAAUCAAGUGUCGACCACUUUUCCUGCAUCUUUUCUGAACUACUCAGCAAGGGACGUCAAAGAAUCCACUCGCACUUCUCGCAAAGAGAAGGGAAUAAGCCAACCCUGUACCUUGACAAGUCAGGCCCCCAUUUAAACCAGCUUUAAAGCUGAACUGGGCCAGCCUGUCUAGAUAAAUAAAUAAUUUAUUUUGGUCUCUCUGUUCCUAGAAUUAUAAUUAUUUUGUUCAAGACGAAGAAUCGAGAAUACGUGAAAUGGAAGUUAUGGACAGACUACUUGAAGUUAUUUCACUGGAAAGGUGACACUUUAGAUGGAAGUUGUCAGUGACGAUUUUUGUGUCUGUUCGUGACGUUAAACCUUUUAUAACUUUCAGCUUUUCGCUUUUAUAGCUUACAGUCCUUUAGAGAAGGCAUCGAAAAGGCUCAGUCAAAGGACGAAGUAAAAGAAGUUUACGAGAAAGAGGUAUGAUAACGUACUCUAUGGCUUUUAUUUUAUAUUUGCAUCAGAAGGAGACUAAAGAAUCUACUACAGGGGUCUACUUUGUGUUGGUUCACGUCCUAAUUUGCUUUCACCCGUUGUCAUUUAUCUUUAUUUGAAUGUCUUCUCAGAUGGAACAAAUGAGAGAAAAAAUGAGACAAGAAGCUAAUGCGGAAACAAAACAGAGCUCAAAGAACAAAGAAAACGAUGAAAUGGCCAGCGACGAUUGGACAGAGGAUCAAACUCAGCUUCUUAUUAAAGCCGUCAAUCUCUUUCCAGCGGGAACCGCCUCAAGGUUUUAUGAGAAAAGUCUAAACGUAACGUAGAUAUUGAUUGAAGAAAUGUAAAAUGGUUUCCGUGUUUACAUAGCCUGAUGCUUCACGUCGUGGUUUCCAGCUUAUCUCGUGUUCUCCCAACCUCCCGCGCGUUUACAUCAGGUUAUGUAAACACGGAAACCAUUUUACAUUUCUUUUAUAAAAUAACUAAUGAAAGAGGAACGAAAACCGUGAAACGAAACGAAACGAAACGAAAACCGUGUUUACAUACGCUCAUAUAAAAUGGUUUUAUGGCCAAUCAGAGCGCGCGUACUAUUUGAAUUAUUUUAUAAAGAUUAAUUUUUAAUUGAGUGUCGAAAGUAAUCGGAGACUGCGUUGGUCUUGCUUUAACUCGCUCUGUGAUUGGUGCAGAAUACUCGCGUCACUCUGUCAACCAAUCAGAUGCAAAAUUGACACCAAUCACGACUUGGUCGCCCGCGUUUUCCCGCGCUUUAGGAAGUUUAAUUUUUAUUUUGAGUUCUCAUUGGCGCCCAAAAGUAUUUCCUUUCCUUUGAUUGGCUCUUGUGAUUACUUUUGUUUUGUUUUACAACGCUCAAAAUUCCUACAGCCAGGAUACGAAUAUUUUUUGCGAAUUUCAUUGAACGCAAAGUUUCAUGUAAGCAAUUAAGUCGUGAAUGCUUAAAAUUUAUGCGUUGCAUUUAAAAUAGUCAGAGGGAAUCUGACUUUUUUGACUGUUUGUUCUUCUUUUUGUUCGCUAUCAGGUGGAAAGUGAUCGCAGAUUAUGUCAACAUGCACGCUAAAACUGGAACCCUACGAGAUUCCAAACACGUGAUCAAAAAAGUGAAGAACUUACAGAAGCUAGGUUUGUAGCACUCAAUUUAUUCAGUUAUUCAUUUCUUUUGAGGUAAAACAGUUCUAACGCAGGAAAUUUGGUUUUUAUCAACUGAGUUUAUGAUCUAAAUUGGCCUCGUCAAGACUCUAGAGAGGUGAUGUUUUGAUCUUUAGCUGUUCGUUAGCCCUCGCUUUCCGCUCAGACAACGAGCGUCAGCCUUUGAAACUCUGCCAUUUAACAUUGUAAACUCAGUUGAUGAAACCAAAUUAGCUUGCAAUAUCCCCAGUGACGCAACACCACAGUUUCUUCAGGAACUGACUCCCUCUAACCCAGGAAAUGUUUUCCAACAGACCCAACACUGAAACAGGAAGUGAAUCGAAACGCAUUCGCGAAAUUUGACAAAGAUCACCAUCAUGGAAAAGCUUCUGCAUCGGCGGAGCCUAAUCUAACAGUGAGAUACGAUGGUUAGUGGUUGAUCUUUAAAAUAAUUACCGAUUUCCCUUUUAACGACUUGAAUUACGAAUUGCUAGCUUAUGCAUCUGAUUGUUGAUGUUACACAAAGAUAGUUACACAAUAAAAUUAAGACAUGUUUGUCACGCCGGAUAAUUACGAGUUAUAAGCCUCACUCGCGCAGUUUAAAGAAGCUAUGUUACUUUAGGUCACGUUAUGGAAGCAAUAUUUCAUACUUGGUCACGCAGGUCACGCCAUGAAAGCAUAGUAUCAUACUAGGUCACGCAGUCAAAGGAUAACGCUUGAUAAAUAUGUGUCAGUCAUUUAACGCUUGGUCUUUGCAGGUCACUCACCUUUUGUUUUGAAACUAUUACGGAUUCCAACUGUCAUCAUCACACCAAAACAAUCCUAUUUUCUGAUUUUCUCUUUAUCAACUAAUCAGAUUCGACCUGGUCAUUCGCGUUUUUCCACGCUUUAGGCAGCUGCGUUUUCCCGCGCUUUAGGCAGGCGCGUUUUCCCGCGCUUUAGGCAGGCGCGUUUUCCAGCGCUUUAGGCAGGCCUUUUCCUCAUCUUUAAGUUCUCGUUGGCUCUUUUUGAUAUAUUCUUUUGUUCCAAUGAGCUGUUGUUAAUUAGUUUGUUUUUGCUUUCACUCUGAAAUGUUACAAUGACACUCAUGUUCAUGAUUUUUUCCUUCUGAUGUUUAAGCAAGCCAAUCUGGUGACGCUGCUCAGCAAACGUCUGCAUGGACCUCGGAGGAGCAACGAGUAAGAUUUUUUAAAAGAACGAAAACAAUAAUUUUCAGUCCCUUGUAGUUCAAAGAAUGCUUAUAGCUAUUUACAGUUAGAUUUGAAGCUAAAUUUUUGUCCUGAAAUUUUUAUGGUUUUGGUCUUUUGACACUCAGUGGAAAAUUGCUCUGAUAAUAAUCGAAUCCUUGUUAAUUAUACUAACAUUUUUGUUUUGCAAAUCUAUUUUCUAGCUUUUAGAGAAUGCUCUGCGUACAUACCCCACUAGCACACCAGAAAGAUGGGAAAGAAUCGCUGAAGCGGUCCCUGGACGAACAAAAAAGGAAUGCAUGAAAAGAUACAAGGUCUGGCUCAUGAAAAACAAUUUUGUCUAUUCACAUGUUUAAAGUCGUUGUUCUUUCGUAUUAAUCGUGUAGGGUUCGAUAUAAGUUCUUUGAACAAAGUAAUGCAAUCGGCGAAUCACACCAGGGCAAGUAACACCAAGCAAAGCGCGGGAAUUCGUCGCGUGUGGUCAAACGUGACCGACACAAAGCGCGGGAAUUCAGCGCGUGUGGUCAAGUAGCGAUUGGUUAAGGCUCUUCUUGUUCUUCAUCUGAUUGGUUUAAAAGUAGUGCCAAUUUUGUAAGCCAAUCACAUAGAAUCAAAUCAAUUUGCUGUUCUUGAAUCUGUACUCGAACAAUCCAGUAUCCUCUUUGACUUUAUCUUUCGGUCUAUGAAAUUAAUUCUUGUUUUAUGGUCUCUAAUUUAACUGCUCAGUGCAGUUGGAACACAAUUGUCAUUUAAGCUAACUUUUUAUUUCACUGCACCCUUGUAGUCUACUUUUUAUGCAAUCAGGACCUAUUAAUGCUUCUCUGGACAUGCUGUUUAGUACAUUAGAGAGUAGACUACGAGACGUCCCUAAUUUUCGGGGAAGUCCGUCGCGGGAGUCAAAAAAACUAGCGAAAAUAAAACGCGCGGAACUCUGGGAGUACACCUCGUUCUCAGAUUUCUACGCGGCGCACUAGACCCAUGUGUUUUUUUUUUCGACUCGCGCCGCUGACUUCGCCGAAAGGAAGAACUGCUCGUCUAAUCAAAGAGUGAUUAUAUGUUUGUUUGUUUGUCUUUUGCUAACUUGUAGGACCUGGUUGAGAUGGUAAAAGCCAAGAAAGCAGCUCAAAGCAAAGGAAAAGCCGCGUAACACCAACUAUGAGAAUCAAGCUGCCAAAU